AUGAUUGACAUGUUGGAACGAGUGCAACGAAUGUGUGAAACAUCCGGUUCUGGAUCGGGAACGGCCAGGAAAUACGAUAGCAGCGGUAGUGAUGCAGAUUUGGAUCGAAGGGAUCACAUGAGCCGUAAAGCUGAAAUUUAUCAAUAUAGCACUAUAUCAUAUGAGACCACAGAUAAAGUGGACUUCGCACCUAAACUAUAA